CUCUGUCACAACAGAGGAGUAGCGGCGCGGCACUUCCUGCUCGCGGGCGGGCUGCGGCGAACCCCGGGCGCUCCGCUUCUGCCUUGCCCACGCGCCCAGUCCUCUGUGUUGUGCCUGGCCCAAGCGGGGCGUACGCCCGCCCUUUCCCUCCGCUCCGAGGGAGACCCUCCCCCGCGCCGCCGGGGCAGCCGCCUCGGCGGGGCGGCAUGGCCACCUCCCGCUGCGGAGGGAGCCGGGCUAACAAUGACUCCUCCUGAGAAAGUUGCCGCCGCCGCGGUGCCCUCGGAGGAGAGGCUGGAGAUCCUCGCCCCGCAGCCCCGUGUCCCCCGCCGUGUCGGCGCCUGCCCCGGGGGGCGCUGAGCCCGCGCGGGAGGGCGAUGGCAGAACGCGCGGGCAGCAGGGAGCCGCCGGCGGCGGCGGGUCCUGCCCUGCCCGCGGCGCCUCGCAAGGGCGAGGGGGAAGGCGAGCUGUGGCCAGAGCCGGUAUCCCUGGAAAUCCCUGCGGUGGCUCCGGGCAGGAGACGGGAGCGCCGCAGCGGACUGGCUAUGGCGGGAGCCGCCGAGCGCUUUCCCGGCAGCCUGGGGACCUCGGCGGGGGCAGCAGCGGAUCCCGAAAACAGCCUCUUGGAAGCUGCCAAGGCGACCCCUCGCAGGAGCAGUAUUAUCAAGGAUCCUUCCAACCAAAAAUGUGGAAGGAAGAAAACGGUGUCCUUCAGCAGCAUGCCAUCAGAGAAGAAAAUAAGCAGUGCUAGUGACUGUAUCAGUUUUAUGCAGGCUGGGUGUGAACUGAAGAAAGUCCGUCCAAAUUCCCGCAUUUAUAAUCGUUUUUUUACUUUAGACCCUGACUUGCAAGCUCUUCGCUGGGAACCUUCCAAGAAAGACCUUGACAAGGCUAAGCUUGAUAUUUCUGCUGUAAAAGAUAUAAGACUAGGGAAGAACACUGAAACAUUCAGGAACAAUGGACUUGCAGACCAGAUUAGUGAAGACUGUGCAUUCUCUGUAAUUCAUGGGGAGAACUAUGAGUCUCUUGACCUGGUUGCCAAUUCAGCUGAUGUGGCCAACAUUUGGGUGUCAGGUUUACGGUAUCUGGUUUCUCGUAGCAAACAACCUCUGGAUUUGAUGGAAAACAGCCAGAAUACCCCACGGUUUGUGUGGCUAAAAACUGUAUUUGAAGCUGCAGAUGUUGAUGGUAAUGGCAUAAUGUUAGAAGAUACAUCUGUAGAGUUAAUCAAACAGCUUAAUCCUACGCUAAAGGAGUCAAAGAUUAGGUUAAAAUUUAAGGAAAUCCAGAAAAGCAAAGAAAAACUAACAACUCGAGUAACUAAAGAGGAAUUUUGUGAAGCAUUCAGCGAACUUUGCACAAGACCUGAAGUUUAUUUCUUACUAGUGCAGAUAUCUAAAAACAAAGAAUAUUUAGAUGCUAAUGACCUCAUGCUUUUUUUAGAAGCUGAGCAAGGGGUUGCUCAUAUAACUGAAGAAAUGUGUCUAGACAUUAUCCGCAGGUAUGAACUUUCUCAAGAAGGACGGUUGAAGGGAUUUCUUGCAAUAGAUGGAUUUACUCAGUAUUUAGUGUCCCCAGAAUGUGAUAUUUUUGACCCUGAACACAGAAAAGUUGUCCAGGAUAUGACCCAGCCUUUAUCACAUUACUAUAUCAAUGCAUCUCACAAUACCUAUCUCAUAGAAGACCAGUUUAGAGGACCAGCUGAUAUCAAUGGUUAUGUCAGGGCUUUAAAAAUGAAUUGUAGGAGUAUUGAACUUGAUGUUUGUGAUGGUCCAGAUAAUGAGCCCAUCAUUUGUAACCGUAAUAGCAUGACAUCACCGCUUGCCUUUCGAAAUGUUAUUGAGGUAAUAAACAAAUUAGCCUUCAUUACUUCAGAGUAUCCUCUCAUCCUCUGCUUGGGUAACCACUGCUCAAUACAACAACAAAAAGUAAUGGUUCAACAUAUGAAGAAGAUUUUUGGAAACAAACUUUACACAGAAGCACCUUUACCAUCAGAAGCCUACCUUCCAUCACCUGAGAAAUUGAAAAUGAAGAUCAUUGUGAAAGGGAAGAAACUUCCCUCUGACCAGGAUUUAUUAGAAGGAGAAAUCACUGAUGAAGAUGAAGAGGCUGAAAUAUCUCGAAGAAUGUCUGAAGAUUAUGUGAAUGAACCAAGGCUGAUCUGGCUGUGCAGAGAGUUGUCUGAUUUGGUAUCGAUAUGCAAGUCUGUCCAGUACAAAGAUUUUGUGGUAUCUAUGAAAAGUCAGAAUUAUUGGGAAAUCUGCUCUUUCAGUGAGGCAGAGGCCAGUAGAAUUGCAAAUGAGUAUCCAGAGGACUUUGUCAAUUACAACAAGAAGUUUUUGUCUAGGAUAUACCCAAGUACUAUGAGGAUAGACUCUAGUAACUUAAAUCCCCAAGAUUUUUGGAAUUGUGGUUGUCAGAUAGUGGCAAUGAACUAUCAGACUCCAGGACCAAUGAUGGAUCUACAUACUGGCUGGUUUUUACAGAAUGGGGGAUGUGGCUAUGUCCUUAGACCUUCUGUUAUGCGUGAUGAAGUAUCUUACUUUAGUGCAAAUACAAAGGGCAUCGUUCCAGGGGUCUCUCCUCAAGUUCUACAUGUCAAAAUUAUCAGUGGUCAGAACUUUCCAAAGCCCAAGGGAGCUUGUGCAAAAGGGGAUGUCAUAGACCCAUAUGUUUGCAUAGAAAUUCAUGGAAUUCCUGCAGACUGUGCAGAACUAAGAACUAAAACUGUUCAGCAAAACAGUGACAAUCCUAUUUUUGAUGAAAGUUUUGAGUUCCAAAUAAAUCUACCAGAGCUUGCCAUGAUCCGUUUUGUUGUUUUGGAUGAUGAUUAUAUUGGUGAUGAGUUCAUAGGACAGUAUACCAUACCACUUGAAUGUUUACAGCCUGGAUAUCGACAUAUACCCUUGCGCUCCUUUGUGGGAGAUAUCAUGGAGCAUGUUACACUUUUUGUUCACAUUGCAAUAACUAAUCGAAGUGGAGGAGGAAAAGCACAAAAGCGCAGUCUGUCGGUGAGAAUAGGAAAGAAAGGAAGCGAGUAUACCAUGCUGAGGAACACAAGCCUUAAGAUUAUAGAUGAUAUCUUUAAACUAGCAGUGCAUCCAUUACGUGAGGCCACUGACAUGCGGGAAAACAUGCAGAAUGCAAUUGUGUCCGUUAAAGAGCUUUGUGGACUCCCUCCAAUUGCCAGUCUGAAGCAGUGCAUCUUGACUUUGUCCUCACGGCUCAUAAACAGUGACAAUAUUCCCUCUGCCACUGUCUAUAUGAAAGAUACAUUCCCUUACCUGGAGCCUCUGGGGACCAUGCCUGAUGUGCAGAAAAAACUUAUGGCUGCAUAUGAUCUGAUGAUUCAGGAGAGCAGGUUUCUUAUUGAAACAGCAGACACCAUUCAUGACAAGAUUGUUCAGUGUCAGAAAGCAGGCAUGGAAUUCCAUGAAGAACUUCAUAACCUUGGGGCAAAGGAAGGUUUGAAAGGAAGAAAACUAAGCAAAGCCAUUGAAAGUUUUGCAUGGAAUAUCACUGUGCUGAAGGGACAAGGAGAUCUGCUGAAGAAUGCCAAGAAUGAAGCCAUAGAAAAUAUGAAGCAGAUCCAGCUGGCCUGCUUGUCAUGUGGACUGAGCAAAACUGGAAGUGGAAAUGUGGAUGCAAAAUCAAAACGAUGCCUUGAGGCAAUAGAGGAGAAGGAUACUGGGGAUGAGAAUGGCAGGCUGUGAGAGAAGGCAGAGCUGUCAUAUUUGUCAUAUAUUUCAAUAACUUUAAACUAUUUUUUUAAAGCAUUUAAAUUUCACACAGGAAUGCCUUCUUGCAGGGUGUUGAAAGUAUUAAAAUCCUCACAAUGUCAGUAUUUUAAUGCAGUUAAUUUAUCUAAGUUAAACUCUUUAGUAGUGAAAUUUCUAAUAAAUCUGAGGAGUGGGUGAGGAGUGUGAAUGAGAGAGAGAACAUAUGUGUGGAAUCCUAGAAAAGCCCGUUUAAGAGUUGCUUUAUCCAUUUACUAAUUUAUUCUUUUGUCAUCUUUGAACACACAUGUUAAUUCUGAAGAUCAAAACAAAUAGACUACUUAUUGUAUCAAUUUUGUGCUUCGUUUGACUUUCCUGCCUUUGUCAUUUAAUUUACAACUUUUAAUAUAUUCUGUUUAAAUUAAACAAAACAGAUUUCACUGACAAAUAACCAUUUGUUGUAAGGGUGAAAUUAAUGGAUUGCUACAAAUCCUCAACAUCAUUUUUAAUGAUCAAUUAAAAAUAAGUAAAUGAAAUAUUAAACAGAAUUUCUAGAUAGUUCCUGAUUGGAUUUCAGAUGGACAUUUCAUAGAAUUUUAGCUAGUCUUUGAAAUACAUGUAUCUGAAAUAUAUUCAGAUAAUACAUAGUAAUGUAAGAAAUAGCUAACUUCUUUCAUUCAAGAAGGUCAGUGCAACAUUUUAGCUCUGCAGAACAGCUGCGAUCUUUGCAGAAAUGCAUUUAACGUGUGUAAUAAUAAACACAGCUUCUGCCCUCUAGUUAUGAAGUGAGAAUUGUGAGUAUUCAUCAAUGAUAAAAUAACAUGACAGUGAUCUUCAAUAAUUCUGAAAUAUUCAUGAAUGCCAAUAUUUGAAGGAAGGUUAUAGACUUCACAAACUGUGAGCUUUAUAUGAAAUUUAGAGAAUGGGUUAAUUUUUUCUUGCCUUACUCAUACCAGUGAUCCCACUUAAGUCCAGUGAGUAAGGUAAGCAGGAUCUGGCCACAGUGUGUCAGUUUUAAGAAGUGUUCUGUGCUAGAGAUUUGAAGUAAGACUGCAGAAUUGCUGAAGAUAUAGCAUAGAGAAAUGGCUUGAAAAUACAGGGUAGCAGCAUUCUUGUGCAGCAAUUAUAAAUGUCAUGAGACAACAAAUCGCUAUGGUAGUUUUGAGAAUUAACACCAUUAUGCUACUGUACUGUCAUUUAAUGUACACAGAAGAGAUGCAGGACAACAAAUGAAUCCUUAUCCUGUCAUCCUUAAUAGGGUCCCGCUCAUGUAUUCUCAUGGUGUUCAUUUCAGUCUUGUGCUUAAGUGUAGUAUUUGUGUUGCCUCUAACAGAACUCAGUGUUCUAUGGUUAUAAAAGACUAUAUUUAUUUAAAGCAUUGCUUUUAUUUUGAAAAGCUACUUUUUAAAUUAAUUUGAUUAACAAAUGUGCUAAUUUUCUGAACUUAACAAAAGGUAAAUUAUUGAAAGUUUGGCCGUCUGAAAAUCUUAUAUAGCUACUGUAUUAAGUUAUUUUUGACUUCUUAAUAACACUAUAAUGUUCAUGUUGCGCAUUACUGAGAGAGUAAAGCUAUGAAACAACUUUAACCCAUGUUUUUAAAGUGAUUUUACACAAAAGGCAAACACUGAAAAGUGAUUAAGAGCAUGUGUUAGAAUUUGGGUGAGUUGUCCAUGAUAAGGUUCUGUACUGUCUUGAAGCCCAUUAUUUAAAGCAUUAUAACUUAGUUGCCUGAAAUUUGAUUAUAUACAGUAAGAACCAGAUAUCUUCCCUUCCUCCCCCCCCACACACUAUGUUAACCAGUCAUUUAGGUCUUUGAUUUGUGUGUGUGUGUGUGCAUAUAUAUUUGUAUUACAGUUUCCUUGUGUGACUUCAGGUGGGGGUUUCUUUUGGGUGCCAGUCAAGGAAUAAAUAACCCUGCCCAAAUUAAUGUUAUAAGCAUGCAUGGACAAAUUCUUCCUUUAGAUUCUGUUCUAUCAAUUUCAACAGGAGUUAUGUAUAUGGCAAACAGAACUUGGCGCUCAGACGUUAGUGUCAAAUGGAACAAAAAUUGUUAAGCUAACUUUAUGCCAGUUAUUAACACAAUUUAUUUUAGGCAUGAUCUGUGUAAAGGGAAGGGUUUCUUUGGAAGAGAACUCUGUUACCUGUGCUAUUUUCGUUUAAAAUGAAAACAGCCUUAAUUUUUUUCACUUUGAAAGUCAAUUUGAAAUCCCUUCAAGUACUGAAGUUUUUCCUCGCUCUCUGGUUUUAUAAAUUGCAUGGGUGGUAAAAUAUAGACAAGAGCUUGAUUUACAAGUUGAAGCUGGCAAAAGCAGUUACUAUGCAACAAUAGUCCAAUGGAGAAGGGACAGAAGAUCGGUGGAAAGGCCUCUAAUCACAUGUACAUCCAUCUUUCAUAACAGGUUUAGUGCGCAUAAAUUGUAUUGGAAAUUAAAGGACAAAUCUUAAACCCAGCUCAAGUCGCCAGGCUGGGUCCUGGACAGUGGGUGCUGGGAAAGAGAAAUCCUCCUACCUCUUUAGGAUGUAGAACAGUUGUGGAGUUUCCUCACAUGGCUGGAGUAGCCUCCAUACUCCCUCUCCCAUAGGUAUAGGACCAAGAGAUUAAUCCCCAGGCCCUUCCCUCAUCUGCUUCUGCUCAUUAAUUCAUCCUCUUAAAAGCUUAUGUGCCACGCAGCAUAAUAAAAACUCUUCCUUGGAAAAAGGGAUGUGGAGGGAUCAUGCCCAGCCUAACCAGCAGCAAUACACAUGAGACAAGCUUUCUGAAGAAGAGCUCCGUGUAAGCUCAAAAGCUUGUCUCUUUCACCAACAGAAGUUGGUCCAAUAAAAGAUAUGACCGCACCCGCCUUGUCUCUCUAAUAUACUAAGGACAGUAAUGUCUCAAUAUGUGCAAUUAGUUCUGGCUAUUGUGUAAAACCAAAGUCUAUAGUUCAUCCAAAACUGUUGGUGGAUGCACAUUUGCUAGUGCAUUCUGGCGCUGAGCUUGCAGUCUCUCUCUCUCGCUCCCUCUUUUUUUAAUCAAAAUAAUUUUUUACCAAAUUUUCACACACCUGUUCCCUACUCCUGGGCUCAGACAAUGGAAAUUAACAUGUGCCCUCAUCACAUGGGAUCAGGUUAACAUUAAUGUAAGGCUUACAUGGCCCUGUUACCUUUUUCUAUAUUAUUUGCCCACGGUUUUUAUGUUAUUUUAAAUAAUCGUACAGCUUCCAAAUACAAAUGCAUCUCAGGCCAAAUGUCAGGUCCCUGCAUGUCCCUCCUUUUUUAGUCUCAUUUCCCUAAAUAUAGUAAUCAGAUAACUGCAUGCACAGAGAGAGCUUGCCUGUAUAAUAACCCAUCUCUUCAUUCUAUCCCUUCAGACUAAAACAUUAGGUCAUAACCUCCUUGGAAUCAGUCCCAUUCCCAGAGCAAUAGACAAUGUCAUCACUAAAGACACUGAAAGCUAAAAUGUUUUAUAAAAGAAGCUGAAGGCAGAGUUUAUGGAGAAAAGCUCUCUUCUUCACCAGUACUUAUUUAGAUAUGGUGAUGGUACCAUAUCUUACUGUUUCAGACAUGUACAAUAGACCUACCACAAGAUGUCACAACAGUAAUUAACUUGUCACUACUAUAUCUCAGUCUUAUUUCUUGUAAAAUUAGGUAUAUAGGAGGAAAGAAUAAUAUUAAAGAAUGAAAACUUGUCUAGGUACUUGGGCACUAAAGAUGGUAUAAUCACUUCAUGCACCAGACUUUCACUUCUGGAGAUCUUGCUUUUUAUCUCUUAGGAGAAAUGAGAAAUAAAUGUGAAAGGGAAAAAUAUUACUAAUGGAAUGACUGUGAUUAUAUCUCCUAACCAAUCUGCAGCUAGUCAAAAUUCUCUGUUUAGGAGGAGCCUGACUGGAAAAGCAGGUGAGUGUGAGCAGUCAGAAUAGAAAUCCGUUGAAGAGUUAUGUGGGGAAAUUGUACAGUCCAUCAGCCGGACUCAUAAUUUUGAGAAACUAUGAAGGUGAAGUUCUACACUGGAAAGAGACUAUAGCACCUUGUGACUGAACAGCUCUGCUCUCUGUCGUUAUUCAGCAUCAUAUCUGCCAACUUGACUGACUAAAAUAACAUUUCACUACCUAGUUUAGCCCAACAGAGACAAAAUAGCUAUGCGGGAGUGAGCUGGAUUUUUUCUGGCUUAUGGAUCUUUAAUAAAAUUGUUAAUUAAACUCCAACUGCAGGGCAAAAUACUGCCUACAGUUAGACUGUUCAACCCCAUUGAAAACAAUUAAUUUGGCCGGCAGAAUUUUUAUUGCUGGUGAGUUACGAGAUGAAGACUACAGCCAGACACUGCAGGGCUGACAGAGCCCUGGAACAAAACCCAUCUUUUCACUUGUGAACUAAGCAAAUUGAAAGUUGAAGUCCUUGAGAUACAAUAACUCCUCUGGGAUUGAACCUGGGUAAAUUAGAAGCACACUUUGGACUCAGUUUAUUGAGUGAAGGAAAUAAUCAUUUUAAAUAGAGCUGUGUAAAUAAUUCAUAAGAAAUGUGGACAAAUUUCAGUUUUUUGUGACUUGUCAAAACACAGACCAUUAUUUUCUCCCUUUUGUUACUUGGAAUUCUCUCCCUAAUAAUUUCUGAUCUGUAUCCUGUUCACAAGCAGUUAGAUGAGAGUAGUCAAUGUUCAAUAGGCAAGUUUAAUUGGAGGUGAAGAUGACACAGUAGAUUUAUCUUUCCUGAUUGGAUGAGUGUAACUCUUAGCAUGAGGUUUCUGGUGUGUACACUUGUGGUUAGAAAUAUGAAGUUCACAGUUCACUGCCAUAUUUCUUUAAAAUGUUCUUUGGCAAAAAUUUCUACUAGAAUAUUUAAAGAAAGCUCAUAUAAAAUAGUGCACCUGUCAUCAAAGAAGCUAAAGAUUAUUCAGAGACAUUUAUUUUAGGUAUCUCUCUUAGGUACAUAUAUUGCCUCCAUUGCCAUAGUAUCUUACCGUCUUUAAUGUAUUCUCACAACAUCCCUGUGAGGUACAGAAGUGCUAUUAAGCCCAUUUACAGAUGGGAAACUGAGGCACAGAGAGACUAAAUGCCUUGCCCAUGGUCAAACAGGAAGUCUGUGAUGGCGCAAGGAGUUGAUACUGGGUGCCCAGGCUAGCACCUUAAACACUGGGCUAUGCUUCCUCAGCCAUCUGACUCUCCAUUUUAAAACACAAAAAAUACAUGUACAAGAGUUGCAACCGGGUAGUGGGGUGGGGGCAAGAAGAGAUUGGAAUAGAUGGGAAAAGAAGGGAGAGAUCUGGGCCAUGGCUCCUUUAAAGGAGUUAUGGGAAGAUGUAGAAAAAUAAGGAAAAAUUGGUCAAAAGAUGAAUCACCAAGAUAUAAAAGCAUGAGACUUCAUCAGCACUAUUCUUACCCAUGUCGUUCUCGUUUCAGUGAGAAGAUGUAUCAGGAAGUGUGCUAUUUGUCCAUCUCUUUCUGUACAAGUCACUGCUCACAAGUUAGUUUGUACUCUAUUGUGUGCAGCAUGUUUCAGUGUGGAAGGGAGCUGAAUUUGAGGGUGAAAAAUCUAGUCAAAGUGUUCCUAUUGUGGAAGAGAGACGGAGGGAAGGAAUGGUGAAAAAAGAUGAUUAAAGUGGUAGAGAGAUUGUGACUGAGAGGCUUGGGAUAAAUAGGACACAAUGACUAAUGACCAGGUCAUCCUAGGUCUCUUCAAAUCUCCCCCAAGUCCAGGAUGCUCAGGAAUAGCUUUGAGAUGAUAAGAUUUUCACAGGUUACAGCUUCCCCCUAAACUAGUGUGAGUCUGAGUACACACAGUGGGAAAAGCAUCUGAUGCUGAUGUAUAGUAACAAAACAAAGCUGUGGCCAUAAAAGCAAAUCAAUAAAAAAGGGAGGCAAAAGCAGGUGAAGAAGUUAAUUGCUGGAUGUGAGCUAAAUAAUGUCCCUUCCAGAAGGUUUGUUCACUGACGUCAAUGGGUGUCCAAGUAUAGCAGGAUUUAGCCUUUAGGAAAUAAAUCCAGAUUAUGACCUUGAUGGGUUCCCCCCACAGGGGGCCACCUGAAACUGGAGUACCACUGAGCCCCCCUGACCCACCAGCCUGGGCUUCCCCUCACACUGUGCUGCUGUGAGAAGUUGCAAAGCCCUCCAAGCUUGCCCUUUCACCAGCAUUCAUGCAGGUAGGGACACACCCAGCUGCAGUUACAUGCAGGCUCUCUAACCACCAGCAUCUCAGCCUAGGACCCCAGAGCAGUACUGUCCAGCCCUGGUCAAAUCUGGCCAGUAUAUUGGUUUGACACCCGGUCCACCUCUCCCUCAAUGUGAAGAGGACCAUGCACACUUGUGGUAACCAAGAUAAGAUUUUCCCCAGGCACCUUAGUCAAACAUACACUGGUUUGGAUUAAAAUAUAAACUUAUUUUAUUAACUUCAAAAGGCUAUAUUUUAAGUAAUUAUAAGUAAUAGCAAACAGAUCAAAGCAGAUUACCUAUAAACAAAACUGCAAACUGAGCCUAACAUACUAGAUAGGUAGGAUAUGAAUUAGCAAAUUCUCACCCUGAGUGAUAACAGACUGGCAGAUUCUUAAGGCACAAGCUGCCUUGGCUUUGCAGCUUGCAUUUCCCAGGUUUUCAUACUCAGUCUAGAAAUCCCUUUAGCCUGGGACCAUCAUUUCCCACAGUUCAGUCUUUGUUCCUCAGGUGUUUCCAGGUGUGUGGUGUUGUAGGGAGAGUGAGGUCCCAUCAGGAUGUCAUUUUCCCCCUUUUAUAUCUUCUUCCCACUUCCUGGAAAGCUUUUUUGCUGUGACCUGGGUCAAACAGUUCCCAUGGUGUAGGACUAUCUCCGAGAGGUUUCUAUUGUACACAGUUCCUAGGGUAACCCUGGUGCUUGUGUGCUUUUCCUCAAUCAGCUAUUCACAUUGUUUGGCCUUUUUACUGUUGUACCUGAAAGGCUGCUUGUGGGUGUUUUCAACCCCACAACAUGUUUCAGUAGCACAUACUUAGCCAAACUUCAUCACUUCACAUACAACAGUAGCACAUACCAGCCAACCAGAUAUUAAUGUUGAACAGAUCAAGACUUUUAGAAUGACACCUUACAAGACAUACUUUGUACAAAACAUAUUCUAAUUACAUGACAGUGGUAAAUAUUGGCGUGCCAGGGUGUCACAAUGACCAUUCUCUUCAUACGUGCUGGUGUUUUAUUGUGCGUGCGCCUUCGGAAUACAGACACUUGAAUCCAACUGAAAGACCUGAAUUAAAGCUGCCUAACAAGUAGUGUCUCUUAAUUUGUCAUCUAUUACAACACCUCACAUGUUUUAGGUUUCCCUGGAUAUCUUGCAUUAUACCUGAGUGUAAACAGAUUUUAUUUGGGUUGGUAAAAGUGCUGUUGUUUGGUACUUCUUGGAUGAGUUCUCACUGUUUCUGCAGGGAGGCCUGAUAGCAGCAGUGGGCCACCUCGUGGUUGAGAAAUUAUUCAUCAGAGUACUUUGGUUUGGGGUUUUUCCUGUGUACCAGUAUCUGGAAUUUUCAUUAUUCUCUCCGAGCUAAUCCCCAGUACGGCAGCAGAGUGAAACAGGCACUGUGCUCAGGAUUAUGUGAGCUGAAUCCUGUCCAGCUCUCCCUGUGCCAUUGUUCUGUGGAGAGCCAGCUCUUGUAUUCUGUUAACCAUGGUGAGAUUUACCCGAAGGUCUUUUCCCUGGCUGGACCAGCGAAGAACACUGUCUAAAAGCAACAUGGCUGCUGAUGGAGGAGACCAGGGGUAUGUCUACACUUCAAACGGAGGUGUAAUUUCUAGCUUGGGUAGACAUACCUGUAUUAGUUCCCACUGAACAAGAGUGCUAAACAUAGCAGUGUAGCCACAGCAGGGUGGGUGGUGGGACAGGCUGGCGGCCCUGCGCUUGCCCCUUCUGAGACACUCAGAGUAGCUAGCCCCUCCUGUCACUAGUACUGCCACGCUGCAUUCUAUUUUUAGCAUGGUAGCUUGAUCAGAGCUACCACAGGUAUGUUUCCUUCAGCUGCAAAUCACACCUCAGCUCUAAGUGUAGACACAGCGUGUGUGUGUUGGGGAGUCUUUCUAGGCUGAAGGGCUGAGCAAGAGCAGUGGGGAAGGAGGAGUGGGAAUGCAAGUGCUUGUUAACUUAUAUGGACUCUCACCUUUCCCAGCCCAGCAGCUCAGCAGUUGUUUAGUGUCCCACUCCGGCCAAAGUUUCACAGUAGCUUUCUUGAAGUUCCUUGUCACCUCUUGAAUUAUAUGGCAACAAGGGCAAAGCAGACUGGACCGGGGAUGACCAGCUUCUCAGGGUUUAUGAAGAAGGGGUUGCUAAAAGCAAAGACAAUGAGGUAGGGCUUUGAGGUUGCAGCUUUUCCCCUUGUCUUUCUUCUCUGCAAUCUAUUGUUUGGGUCCCUUAAUAUCACAGUGAGUAUGGGAACCCUAAGGUACCAGAAUGCCACUGGGUCAUUGGCAGGGCUGACAAAGUGAAUGAUAUAAUGGGAAGGAUAGUUGUGAGGUCACCCCAUAAUGUUUCCUACAACCACCAAAUCCAAUAUGUGGAAACAUAUCUCCAAAGUGGAUUGGGGAAUAUAGCUGAAGUCACAUGGGUGGAAGGAUUUCAGGAUCAGAAGUGGGUGCACACCACAAGAUGCUUUUCAGGAACAGUCAUUUGAAUUUUUAAACUAAUUUGCUUAGAUUCAGAUUUUGUUUUUUGCAUCUGAUUUUCACAAGAUGUCUAGUGAGUCAGUUUCCAGACAGGAAUAUUUGCUUUUUAAACUAAUAUUGCAGGAUAUGUGUGGAGCUGAGCAUAAAAUUCAUAAUCAUGAGUAUUUGCACCAGAAACCUGAAUUUGUUUCAUGCUAUCAGCUGAGGAACUGAAAAUGCCUUAUGAACUGUAUGCCCAACCAAACAGCUCAGAUUAAAAAUCAUGAAUUUCAAAUACUCAGCAAACAGUUUGUGAGCAAUAAAUAGGCUGAAAUUUGUGCACCAAUAACUUCAUGGGACAAUUUCAAACAAAUUUGUGAAAAUCAUUCUCUGUCCAGACAAUUCACAUACAGAGUAAAGAGCUCUAUUUGACAGAUAAAUUGUUUGCUAAGAACAGUUAGCUGUCCUUUGAACACCAAAAGGAAAAUUAAUUAUUAUAAAGCCAAGUUUGAAUUAUUAGUAGUGCUGGAAGAUAUUCCCCUGUUAAAUUUUUCACAGGGUGCCCAUUAAUUUACUAAGACACAACAAAAUCAGACUGUGGUAGCAGACAGGAUCCUUGGGAUUAAGAAUUAGUGAUUCAAAUUCAGAAAAAUGCACUGGGGAAAGGAUGGUAUAUGAGGACAUAUUAUAUACCAGGGAAAGUGUGUGUGACUUGAGAUACUCUGUACAGGUUAAAGUCCUGAUCAGGAAGAAGCAUCCCUGAGAUACAACAUGCUACGGAACAUGUAAGGAUCUAACUGAACACCAAAUGGAGGAAAUGGUGUCACCAGAUAUAGCAUCAGGGAAGGUUGGAUUGACAAUGAACUGGUAAAAGAUGGGGUUUGCAUAUAUUCCCAUUGUAAAGAGCACGUCAGCAAAAGUUUGAGUGGGUCUCCUAGGAAGUUAAGAACAAUUCUUUGUGCUUGGCAUUCAUGGUCAUACUUUCAGUUCUCAGUGUCUUUCUGGAGUGAUUUUCCAGUGAAAUUGGAUAUCUUGUAGACAGACUGUGGACCAGUGCUUAAUUUGUAAUGAAAGAGGUGUCAGGGCUCAAGCAAUUUUUUUUACUUUCCUAACUGAUGCAGCAAGCCCAGAGGUGCCAGGACUAUAAAUUGCCAAGUCCGGAGGUGCUGGGGCUAUGAACUGCCAAGUCCAGAGGUGCUGGCGCUAUGAACUGCCAAGCCUAGAGGUGCCAGGACUCAGCCCUGGCAAGCCCUGGCACAAACUAAGCACUGCUGUGGACCAACUGGAAAAGGAAGAGAUAUGUGCAAAAGCAUUGUGCUAACUGAAUGCUGACCAUUUAGACAUACUUCAAAGGGAGAGGGUAAAAACACAGCAGUACUGGGAUCUUGGCCAGUCUGAGGGUCAGAUCCUUAGCUGGUGCAAAUGAGCCCAGUUCUAUUGAAGGUGGCAAUGGAGCCAUGCUGAUUUGCUCCAGCUGAGGAUGUGGCUCGGAGCGUGUAAGAAGCUUGUCACUUGGCUAGAGGCAGCAGGUCAGAAUCCUGCUCAGGGCAAUGUUGUUAGAAUGGCUGGUAGUAGAAGCAGAUUGAUGUUGAGACACAUUAACUAAUCAUCUGCUUCAAGUCUGGCAUUUGUAGUCCCAAAAUUGCUGUUAGUUAAAUGAUACAAUAUCCUAUUAAGAGCAACAUAGAUACUUACACUUAAGAUGCAUCUAGAUGUUCUCUUUCUAAGACAGCUGAUGAUCAUGUUUGCACAAAGUAUUAGUCCUCAAAAUCAACCUGAUUGACCCUCUGUGGUUAAGUCCCUAAUUGAGUGUAAUCAAGAUUUUAGAACAUUGAAUAUACUAGGUCGAGAAUUAAUUUUCAGGUGGCAGCAGAAGAUGUAGCUAAAUAAGAUACUUGAGAUAUAUAGUAUUUGGAUGAGAUUCGAAAGAGAAAAAAUGGUACUAUUCCUGCUUGUUCGGAGGUGCACAUGGAGAAAAUUAGGGGUUAUAAAUGAAGUAUUUGUAUGCCUGCUCAGAGGGGCCCUGGUGGACCAGCUACACUUAGUACAAUUAGAAACUAGAUAAAAAUUAUGUUCAGGCAGCUGAAGCUGAAGCUUAUUUGUGCUGCACACUGAUGGAGAGGGUGUCUGCAGGAAGAGCAGUAGGGGUUUCAUAUCUUCUAGUCAUAACAGUAGCAUGCAGUAGCCAAGAGAGGUGAUGGUGGUACCCUAUAAACAAAAUGAACUCUGACUUCGUAACAGCCACAGCAACCAUGAUCAGCUGGUGCUCCCCAUAUGUGAAAACUGAAGAAUCAGUGAUUGCAAGAGAGUCAGAGAAACAAUUUACCGUGGUGUGUACUGACGUUGGUAAAUCCGUUUCUGAUUGAUUGUGUUGUUCCCUUGCCCCAGUCUUAGAGUCUCGGGUGUGCUGGUUCUCGAUGACAUUCAGGACCUGCUGGGCCUCACAAGACCUAGACAUGAUUUCACAUUCUGGGAAGAUCCAUUCCUGACACAGAUUUUGGAAACCACCAAAGACAGAAUUUCCCUCAAAUAAUGUAUCCCUAAUACGUACCUCAUGCCAGAAAGUCUAACCAAUUGGUCUAGAGUUAGCAUAAUGUAGUGCAGUCAUAGGGAAUGUGAGUUUGGAUGCUGCUGAGGCCCCAGGAUUUGCAGAAUCUGGCAGUGCUAUGGUGACGUUUCACACAGUGGGGGUAGGAAGGGGCCACAGACUUGAGGAGCAGCAUCUAUGGCUUUUAGAUGGAGCCUGGUGUUGUGUCCCAGAUUACUGAGAACUCCCUGAAUCGAAGCACUGAGACUCAGUGAAGAGGCACGUAACUUUCACCUUUGACGCUCAUGUCGGCACUAUGCAGUUACAUGCACAGUACUGACUAAUACGCAGCAACGUUCUCUAUGAGGGUGUGAGUUCUAAUGUGCACAAAUGUGUUGCACAUUAAUUGGUCCAUGUAGACCCGGCUGAUGCAUGCUGAGGUUCCCUAAUGGGCUUUAAUGUAGCGCUGUUUAAAGCGCCCUAGGGAGCCAUGGUGUACCAUGUGACUGGCAUCCGAGUGCUUCCUGUCCCCGGGGGGCAAUUGGACUGAAGGAUUUGCACAGUGGUCUUGCCCCACCGCUUGCCCAUUCCCAAUGCCCUGACAAUGGGGCUGCAGAGGGAGGCCCCGUGGAACUGGGCCACCUGCUGUGUGUGGACUUCCGAGCUGGGGGUAAUUUCCCCUGCAUGUGCACACCUCCUCGCACUAGUGCAUGUAUAAAGAGUAGUGUAGCCAUGCUAGCCCUGGUAGUGACAGUGGAGGCUUGGCUGAGCCACGCUGAGUACAAACCUGCCUGAAACCAGUGGGUACAUAGUCUGCAUGUCUCAGCCCUGCUUCUGCCACCCACGCCCGUCCUACCAUGAUACUUGUUCCAGUUCAAUGAGCACUAGUGUGAGUGUGUGCGCGAGAGCUGGGGAAUCCCAUCCCAUCUUCAUAGUACAGACAGGGCCUAAGACUAAAAACUUCGAUAGGGCUCCCAUACGUCUGGGUUUUCCCGGACAUUUCCUCCUCUUUGAUCCUCUGGCUGGGCAGAUUUUUCAAA